UCCAACAAUCUAUUCGCUACUAUAUGCAGUCAACAGUUAGUCGCUUUCGCCUGGAAAGUGGAAAUAAACUAAAUCAAAGUAUAUUUUUGUAAAUAAUAAGUGUUUGUGUCUUAAAAUGAUAUCAGUAACUUGUGUAGCCCCUGUGAAUAUAGCUUUAAUAAAAUAUUGGGGAAAGCGUCAUGAAGACUUGAUACUGCCCGUCAAUGAUUCCAUUAGCAUGACUCUUAGCACAGAUGAUUUGUGCGCCAAGACUACAGUAACUGCUUCAGAAACUUUCGAACAGAAUCGAAUGUGGUUAAAUGGAGAUGAGGUGCCUUUUGAAGAGAGUUCACGUUUGCAACGCUGUUUAAAAGAAGUUCACCGCCUGGCACUAAAGAAUGGCAAUCAGAAGGUUCCUCCAUCCUGGAAGAUACACAUUGCGUCGGUUAACAAUUUUCCUACCGCUGCUGGACUGGCAUCCAGUGCAGCAGGCUAUGCCUGCCUGGUAUACUCCCUAUCUCGACUUUAUAACAUCCCGCUAAACGAAGAGCUAACAACUGUGGCACGACAAGGUAGUGGAUCAGCAUGUCGCAGCUUAUAUGGCGGAUUUGUACAAUGGCAUCGUGGUGCUCUUGAUAAUGGCAUUGAUUCGGUGGCCAAACCAAUUGCAUCAUCAACACACUGGCCAAACAUGCAUGUACUCAUAUUGGUUGUUAAUGAUGAACGGAAAAAGACUGGUUCGACAAAAGGAAUGCAGCAGACGGUGAAAACAUCACAAUUGAUAAAGCAUCGUGUAGAGAAAGUUGUACCUGAGAGGAUAACACAAUUAAGGGAAGCAAUUGCUAAUCAUGACUUUCAAACAUUCGCCGAGAUUACGAUGAAGGACUCAAAUCAGUUUCACGCCGUUGCCUUGGAUACUUAUCCACCAUGUGUGUAUAUGAACGAUGUAUCUCAUAGGAUUGUAUCUUUUGUUCACGACUAUAACGAGAUAAUGGGAAGCUAUCAUGCUGCAUACACCUUCGACGCUGGACCAAAUGCUUGCCUAUACGUAUUGGAGGAAAAUGUUCCGAGUCUUCUGAAUGCAGUUCAAAAAGUGUUUCCAAGUGAUAUAAUGGAUAGUGCUGCGUACUUACGUGGUCUUGCCGUUCCAAAACUAGAUAGUAAUCCGAAAAUUGAGGCUUCUCAAAAAAUCAAAAUCGAAUCAUUAGAUAGUCAUGCAAAAAAUGCCUUUAGAUAUAUAAUUCAUACAAAAGUUGGUGAAGGGCCAAGAGAAUUAAGCGCAGAUAAUAGUUUAUUGUUUAAUGGACUUCCGUUGGACCACAAGGGGUAAUAUUCAAUACUUUUAUAAUAAUUCAUCUGCCUAAGGCAUUGUUUUAAACUAUUGAAACAGUGGGUGGAGUGUUUAUAACAUGAAAAUUAUAUAAAAAUGUUUACACAAAUAUUUAUUUAUUUAUAUUUUUAUAAGAAUACCACUAACAAUAUCAUUUUAUAACAAAUAAAGCUUUAUGGAAACUGAAA